UCUUCUAGGCACCCGUUGCGAUCAGCCGAGUUAGAAGUGAUCCAUGCUCUCAGUGUAGUCCGUGAUAAGGCCAGCCCCGUAAUCUUCGAAGAAUCUUUGCGCCGACGGAACCAGUAGUCGCCAUCGACGAAAGACACAAGCCUGUGCAAGCGCCAGAGAGGUGCUGAUCAUGUCAGAGGACACUACAGAGCCCCUGGUGGGGUCCAGUACCCUCUGGACGGACCUCAGGGUUCUCCUGCCCGACACAGAGGAGGAGCUGAAGCUGGACCUCGGUGAGAAGGUGGACAGGAGUGUGGCUACGCUGCUACAGCGGGCUGUGGGUCUAUUCUAUGCGGGCCAUUGGCAGGAGUGCCUGCAGGCCAGUGAGGCUGUCGUGGACUACUCCUGGGAAAAGCUCAACACUGGUCCCUGGCGAGAUGUAGACAAGGAAUGGCGCCGAGUAUAUUCCUUCGGCUGUCUCUUGAAGGCCCUGUGCCUGUGCCAGGCACCACAGAAGGCCACUGCUGUGACUGAAGCACUGCGGGUGUGUGACAUGGGCCUGUUGAUGGGGGCAGCCAUUCUUGGAGACAUUCUUCUCAAAGUUAUCGCAGUCCUCCAGACACACCUACUCCCUAGGAAGCAGCCUGCCUGUGGCCCCCACCAGGAUCAGCCUGCUACCAAGAAGGCAAAGCAUGACGCCAGCUCAGCUCCUGAUGUGGUGUUAGAGCGGGCAGUACCCAGGCUUCACUGCCCACCUCUGCAGUACUUCAAGAAGCACUUUCUAGUUCCUGGGAGGCCUGUGAUCUUGGAAGGUGUGGCUGACCACUGGCCAUGCAUGAAGAAGUGGAGUCUACAGUACAUCCAGGAGAUCGCUGGCUGCCGCACUGUCCCCGUGGAAGUGGGUUCAAGGUACACAGAUGAAGACUGGUCCCAGACUCUCAUGACAGUCAAUGAAUUCAUCCACAAAUAUAUCCUGAGUGAGGCAAAGGAUGUCGGGUACCUUGCUCAGCACCAGCUGUUCGACCAGAUCCCAGAGUUGAAGCAGGACAUCAGCAUCCCGGAUUACUGUUGCCUGGGCAAUGGAGAAGAGGAAGAGAUCACUAUCAAUGCCUGGUUUGGUCCCCAAGGCACCAUCUCCCCACUGCAUCAGGACCCCCAGCAGAACUUUCUGGUCCAGGUGUUAGGAAGGAAGUACAUCCGGCUGUAUUCUCCGCAAGAGUCUGAGGCAGUGUACCCUCACGAGACACACAUUCUUCAUAACACCAGCCAGGUUGAUGUGGAAAACCCCGACCUUGAGAAGUUCCCCAAGUUCACUGAGGCCCCAUUCCUGUCCUGCAUUCUGUCCCCAGGAGACACCCUCUUUAUACCUGCUAAGUACUGGCAUUACGUGCGUUCCCUGGAUCUAAGCUUCUCUGUCAGCUUCUGGUGGUCAUAGCCAGGGUCAGAGUGGAAAGGACCCUCCAGGCAGACACCUUACCCAAGGCAGUAAACCCAGUAACAGUGUGGGCCCUGGAUGCUGCUAGACUCCAGCAGUCCUCCCCCCAGCCAGUAUCUGUUAAGAUAUGUGAGGCAGAGCUGCUGUGUGUACCCACAUGUCUGGGGCAGAGCUAAUAUAUGUACCUAAGCUAUUCAGAUUAUGGAUGCUUUUUUUCUUUGUAACUGCUGGACUGAGUAUCUGCCUUGCUGCUGAAAUGUCCAAGUGUCGCUGGCAAGCUGCUCAGAGAAGGCAGAACACACUCUGUAAUAGGGGUCCUCGGUCCAUGUUUUCUUGGGUGUGUUUUCUCGGGUGUGAAACAGCAGGGUCUGGGGCAGUUGCUGUGGUCCCCAGUCUUCUGUGUACUCAGGUAUUGCCACUGGCUUACCACUAGCAGUUGGAAACAGGGCCUUGAGUCCGUGAUUCCCCUCACAGCAUUUAUGCACCAGGCUGAAAGGGGAAGGCAGAGCCUGGGAUGGGGACAGAACUAGCUUGGUUCUGAGUUGAGUGUUGAGAAUAGGGAGGGGCUGUGAGAGAGGUCUUCUUUAGGCAGAUACAGGCAGGACCCUUUACAAGGAAGCCCCUCCCCCCAGGCGAUCUUUGAUGAACAGAUGGUCCUUGCUCAUUCAAACUGUUUUAUUUGAUGGUGGAUGCAUACACCUUACUCUGGGUGAACCAGGGAUUAAAUACCUUUUGUGGGAAGGAAUGCCCAGGAAGGGAAGCUCACUGGCUGAACCCUCAGAGCCUAGCUCUAAAUACCUCAUUAGCAUGGACAACUCUGGGUUUUUAUGCAUUGCCCUAGGCCUCUCAGUGGGGUGUCAUAGUUACAUGUCAUCAGGUAGUUUGGCAGGGCUCUCUCUAUUCUACUCAUUCUCAAUUCUGAGAUUUCCCCAGAGUCUGAGCCUGCUCAGUGUUACCAGUUCUUCUGUCGGGUAGCAUGGUCCACUUGCCCCAUAUGUAACUUAAAUAUUUUCAAUAACACAAUAAAAUAUAUUUUCUUAAUUAAAAACAAGCAAAAAGAAACAUUUCUUUAACCAAACUUCCUUGCUGCCUGUGGGUAGAGCUGGCAACAAAAGAGGCAUUAGGAAAGGAAAAGCGUGGACCCUGGAAAGGAAACACCCCCAUCUGUGGACUCUCUUGUGGGAAGUAGUGAAGGAGGCCAGCUCAGAGAAUCAGAGACCAGAACACAGUCAGAACCACUGGUAAACUGGUAGCCAGGCAGGCAAGAGCUGAGUCUUAAGGCCAAGGGGCCUGCACAGUGAGUGGGAGGCUGGCAGUACAGGCUGUAACUAAAGGUGUUUAAGAGUACGCAGGUUCAACUUCAGAUGGAUGGGCCUGACUUAUUAGUGGCUUAUGUAAAACCUGGGGUUCCUACAGCACCAGGCUGCUGUUCCCUGCUUCCUCUCCUCCACCUCUGGUCUCUACUUGGUUCCAUUGUUUUCCCUUUUCUGGAAGCGGGAGAACAGCUCUGACUCUAUCUCCCUCCCCAUAUCUUGACCCCCAGUAUCAACUGCUGGUCCUUUCAGUUCAUACCAAGAAUCAGGCCAAGGGGAUGGCUGAUGAUUGACAGGCCUAGCUCACAGCCCCACCUCACCCCACAUGACAAGAAGGUGACCAGGCCAAGGAAUCUGAACUUGGUCAUACAGGGUCUGGGAGGGCAAACCAUCAGAAUAUGCCCUUUUAUAGACAGCUACCCUUGGCAGGGAGGGAUGUACAGCAGGCUGAGGUAGCCAGAAGCCUGGAGUAGGUGGCAAGGGCUUUAAAGGCUGGCAUCCUGUCUGGUACAGUUAACAGUUAAUCUCACCUGGACAGUUACUAGAACCAGUGCUGCUGAGUAAGGCACAGAGUAGGAGAGCUAGCAUGCCAGCUUGUGUAGCCUGAGGAGGAGCCACACAUCCCCAGGGGCUCAAGCACUGGCACACUUUGCUAGGUGUGCAAGGAUAAGCUGUGUGGCUCCAGCUUCUUGCAGUGGCUUGUCCUUUACAGCAUCACCCGUGACAGCUGACAGGCUCCAUACUCUCCUGGGCCAUUGCUGAGUAUCAGGUGACCAUCAUCAGGUGAGAGGCAGGGGGGAUGAAAUGGCUCUACCUAUGGGCAGGUCCCAAGAUGGCUGGAACCUGCCUGCAGGGCUCCCUUCUUACUGGGGAAUGUAGACUCUCAAGUUGGCUUGGAACCACAACAGGCCCUUCAAAGCCAAAAAAAAAAAAAAAAAAAAAAAGCGCAAGUGUGAAGAUCCAGCAGCCCAUCACUCAGCACACAGGAUGUGCUCCACACUAUGGCCCUGAGCCAGGCACUGGAGAUAUGGCACUCAGCCACAUGGGCUUCUGGUUCUCCUGGUGUUGGACACACCAUGGAGUAGGGAUCAGCAAGACCAAAAUAUGACAAAUCCAGCCAAGUGUAUGUGCAACACGAAGGGCAUCAAGGAGGGCUGGGGGACAUGUUGGGUAGCUGACAUGGAAGGUAAAAUGUGAGGGACUGAACAGGACUUCAGACUGGCAUUAGGACUCACUCACAACAGCAGGGACAGCGGCCUGUCAUGGUUGGAUUUUUUUUUUUUUCUGUUAACUUGACACAGGCUAGUCAUCUGGGAUGAAGAACAUCAACUGAGAGAAAUGUCUCCAUCAGACUUGUCUAGCGGCAAGUCUGUGGGGCAUGUUC